AUGGGGCAAGUACAAAGUUCGACACGUAACGAUAGUGUAUCCAAAUCUGCUGCUAAAACUGAUAAUAACAACACUGUAACAAAACUGUAUGAGCAUCAAUUAUUAAAGCGAUGUGAACAUAUUCAUUUUGAUGUUGAAGCCUGGUAUAAAAUCUUGCAAUGUCAAACAUUUUAUACUGAAUUUAUUCCAAUUUCUCCAUCAAUUGCUCAAGCUUUUGUUAAUUAUUAUCAAACACGUUACAAUUCAAAAAAGUUAUUGAAUUUAAAUGAUCUAGAAUUAAUUCAAUCAAUACAAUAUCAGUUAAAACAGCAAAUAUUCAAUUCAAAAACUAAUAGAUUUCAAAUUAAUGGUAGUUUUAUUCGUUUAAGCUCACGAAGUCCGAAAGAUGGAAAUCCUUUAAAUUCACAAGCAUUAAUUCAAUUGUAUCAUCAAGAAUUGAACCGUUUACAAGCUAAAUAUCUGAAUGAAUGUGAUUCAAUUGAGGGUAAAGCAAAUAUGGAAUUGAUUGCUUACUGUUAUGCUCAAUUUCAUUGUUUAAAAGUUGCUAAUGAAUUUGAGGCGUUGAAUCUCAUUUUAACGAGUGAAAGAAUUUUUAUUGAUUUACUACGAGCGCUCGACUGUCAACAAGUGCAGAAUAAUAAAGACAUUAAUACUAAUAAUAUCAAACUCCACGACUGCGGAACAAACAAGAAGGACGGGCAGUGGGAAGAGUUUGGGACUUCUUUCCUUACAUAUACUUUAUCUAAUUUUGUUGACCCUAAAAAUACUUUUACCAUGCACUGUUGACUUUCGAGUGGCUUUGGUUUUCUCGAAGCAUUCCUAAAGAUAAUGGGUGGCAACGCUUUGUUAUGCUAUAGCUCUAUUUUUGCCUAGUUACUUCUGAAAAUCCUUUAGAGCUUUCAUCUGCUGUGAGGAGGGAUACUGACGUUCGGCUCACUUUUGGACUACAACUUGUAGGGAUCUAGAUACUUGCUGUUUCCGAAUAUGAUCACCAGAACUUCUGA